AUGAGGUCACAAUCAUCCUUGAAAUCCAAGGUACUCCACCCAUGCACAAAACUUUUUCGAAUCUUCAGAAUCAAGCUGAAAAAACCUUUCUUUAUAAGAGCCCGUCAUAUUCGUCCUGAGUACACCAAGGUUCAAACGACUCACAAGAAGAACAAAGUGACUGCAUUGUUCCGGUCAGCUUUUCGUUCACUAAGGAAGCCGAAAGGAAUGGACAGACUAGCACUUCUUCCUCAGUCACCAGUUACACCAGCCUAUGUGAAGGCAAUGGCUGAAAAAAAGGUAAAUUCGGAUCACGAAGAAGUGCAAGAUGCAUGCAGGAGUUUCGAGAACUAUUUGGUGGAGAUGAUUGUUGAAGAAGGGAAAGUGAGGGACUUGACGGAUGUGGAAGAGCUUCUGUAUUGCUGGAAGAACCUGAAAUGCCCUGUUUUCAUAGAUUUGGUUAGUAGAUUCUAUGGAGAGCUUUGCAAGGACUUGUUUUCUCCUGACACGGAUGGAAGUUGUAGUUCAUAGUGAUUGUCUGCACACAGAAGUUUAAUUCUUUUGUUCUUUGAUCUGA